AUGGCAGCCGUCUCCCGCCCUCACUUCGAACAUGGUCUCAAGCGCUGGAACGCCGACGAUGACGGCGUUUACAUCCUCAACCGCGGCGACCUCUCCACCGAGCGCGCCCGCCUUGAGUAUAACCACCACAACAUCUGGCUGCCCCUCUGCGGCGGCCAGCUGUGCCCUCCUCAGGUCCUGGCCCACCUCCGCCAACUCCAGGCGCCGAGGGUCGCAGAGAUAGCCACGGGCACUGGCAUCUGGCUCCGAGAGAUGGCGACGCAGCUGCCGGCGUCGGCGGAGCUGCGGGGCAUCGACAUGGACACGACAAAGUUCCCGCCCGCGUCGGAGCUGCCGAAGAACAUGAAGAUGAUACAGCACAACGCCCUGCGGGCUUUCCCGGCGGAGAUGCGGGGCACGUUCGAUAUGGUCCACGUGAGGCUGAUUUCUUUGGGGAUGAAGAAGGGGGAUUGGGAGAUCGUCGCGAAGAACUUGUACACCUUGCUGAAGCCCGGUGGGUAUAUACACUGGGAGGAGGUCGGCGAUAUGGGUUGGAAGAUGGUGCCGCCUAGCAAGGCGUUUGCGGAGUGGGAUAGAGUGAGCUCGUUGUGGGGGUUGAAGCAUGGGCGCGACCCUUUUAUGCCGGCACGACUGCCCCUCGUGCUCGAAGACACAGGGUUCAAAGAUGUUGACUACAAGACCUACAACACGUUCUGCACCAGAGACAUGUUGCGGGACGCGAUGAAGAAGAUUGCUGUUGAAGUAGUCAGGCCGGUGAUGCUGGCCGUGCUUGAGGACGGUGGAAUGGAGACGAUGCAGACUGUUGAAGAUAUUGACAGAUUGGAGGCGGGGAUACGGAAGGAUGUUGUAGAGAACGGAGCCAUGGUCGGCUUCUACUACAACUGGGUCUGGGGACGGCACCCGUGA